CUCUACUCCUAAAACAUUCAUAAGACCUACACAAUGUUCCUUUUACUUUAUCCACUGUUAUCACUCCUUCGUGCGCACGCUGAGGAAUGUUUCGACGAUGGAAAUGAAUUUUGCAUCGAUCAAAACGACAUAUUAUCGAUCGAUCUAUUGCCGGGAUCCUUUUUGUUUGCCGAUUCGUAUCAGAAGAAAAAUAAUUCGAUAGUAGAGAAGGAGACCAUAGACGGCACCUUCGACAAGGCUUUGAACGAAAUGGAUUAUCACAGAAAAAGAAUGAACGAGUAUCUUUGCCAUGGAUACAUGGCAGAGGAGAUUGUCAAAGAGGUGAGUCUUCCCAGAGUUAAACGGAAACCCAACUCGGCACCUUCCAAACCUAUUAUGCCGGACUCUUUGAGCAACGACAACGUGACCAUUCACGAGAAGAUGUUGUGGGACGAAGGUAGCUCCAAGUAUAAAAAUUGGCUACAAAGGAGGACUACUUUGGACGACGUAUAUCGUCAUUAUUCACCGCGCAAAGCGUUGAAAAAGAAACAAGGAGUUAAAUACGAUCAUGACAUCGAAGAAUUUGAUGGUGAGGUCACUGGUUUUGCCAUGCAAGCACCGUUACCUUCCGGAAAAAUAGGUGUUUACGAGGCACCAAACUCGAACGAAGAUCACGUACCUGCCGCUUCGGGGCAUAAUUAUCAUCACUACGGAUACGGUCACGGUGAACAGUUCGGUCAUCCUGGUGAAUUUUUCCCUGCGAUACACGAGGAACAUUACUAUCACGUCCCGUAUCAUCAUGAACAACAGGAGCACGAGGAGGAACAUCACAAGCCUGUCUAUCAUAGCAAAGGAAAGGGACACGAUCUUUCGUUGAAAGAUUUCUUUGAAAUUGCUCUCACCGCGUUAGCCUUCUUGGCGUUUGGUCUAUUCGUCAUCCAGCUCUUGAUGAAUGCCACGCAAAAUAUGACGAACGUCACUACGGCUACUAACCUGCCAGACACGGAUGGGACACGUUUUAAAAGACACGUCGGUGGCUUCCCGAUGACUUAUGCCACUAAUCAGGAAUUGAACGAAUUGUCUUAUCGCGUUUUGAGAUCGGUCGAAGCGGCUCUAGUUGCUGAUAUGGAUUCUGCCAAUUGUCUACGAAGAAUUCUCUGCGAGGACAAUCAAUAUUCAAAGAGUACUAACGAUGGUCGUAAAAUUUGGAUACCUGUUUGGAGCUUAGGGAUGAGCUGGAUUACAGGAAGGGUUUCCAAAAAUGCACCUUGGUCGGCAAUGCUGGAAUCCGUAAAGGCUUCGGUUCUUGGCUUGGGUGGAGCCAAUUGCACUCUGCUCUAUCCCAAUUGCGAUCUUCGCAAAGAGAGAAUCAAAAGACGUCGUAGACGCAGAAGAUAAAUCGUUUAAUCCUCGUUAAUACAUCGUUCGAUAUUUAAUAGCUUUAAUCGGUUUAUAUUUCUUUGUACUUAACGCGGUAGAAAAGGGUUGGCUUGGCUGGAUAGAG